AUGGCUUACCCGUCCAACGGGUCUGCGGCCGCAGACGAAGCGGCGGUGGUUUGGGGCGCCUGGAGCAACGAUACCCGAAGGCGUCCUCCUCCUCCCUACUGUUCUAUGUACGGCCACAAUAUUCUGGUGCCUUUGCUGCACGGCGUCGUGACGGCCGUAGGAACCCCGAUCAAUGUGUACAUGAUAUGGGUGUUGUUUCGGGCUCGUCGUUGCGGACCUUCGAACGGUUCGUUGACAUCCAUGUCCUCCUCUCUGACUCGACGAGGGACCUCGUUGACGCAUUAUGACUACUUUCUCUUCCACAUAGGUCUGUGCAAUCUAUGCAUGUUGUUCACCAUACCGACAUGGGUCUCUCAGUACGUGUUUCCUCGAGGUUGGAUCUUCGGAUACGUUCUUUGUAAAGUCGUGAAAGGUUCGAUGACGUUCAGUUUGCAGUACGGCAUUCUGACCGUGGUGUACAUCAACGUGGAGAGGUUUCUGAAAGUGGUCUACAACAAGACGACCUUUUCGUGCUUUGGUGGUGGAUGCAGGUCGGCGCAGAAACGAAGAUGGACGGCGUCCCUUUUGUGCUCGUGUUUGCCGACGAUCUCCUGCCUGACGGACGUGAACACGUACAAUGUCGUGCAAUACCAACAGACGGCGAUGUGCCUCAACACCGCCGACCCGCUGAUGCAGCUUACCGGAUUGUGGUUCAGGACCACCGUGUGUUUCAUCGUGCCCGUCGCCGUGCUGGCGCUUUGCAACGGGGCCGUGAUAUGGGCCGUGAAAAAACACGCCCGUAGAAUCUCUUCGGCGGGGUUGGCUCCUCGGUGGCCGCUGAAGGGAGCUCAGAUCAUCCCCUUGCUCACCGUGGCGUUUUUCAUAGGAUGCUUGCUCCUCGUGGAGUUUUUCAUAGGAUGCUGGAUACCGUGGGUCGUGAACGCCGUGUAUUUCGCUCGGACGCGAGUCCGGUGCGCGAGUCUGAUGUUAACGGUGGUUAACGUCAGCUUGGCCGUGGCCAACAUGCACUGCCUAAUGACGCCUGUGAUGUAUCUAUCUGUAAAAACGGGGAUGUUUAAGUCUUCUCUCCGCGAAAGACUCUCGCUGUGCUGUGCAUCUAUCUGUAAAACCGAAAACGGGGAUGCUUCUCAGCGCCGCCAAGAGCUCUCGCUGGCAUCUAUCUGUAUAGACGAGAAUGGGGAUGCCUCUCAGCGCCGAGGACUCUCGCUGCAUCCAUCUGUAUAG